AUGUCGUCUCUUUUCGCCAACAUCGUUCAGCGCCCUCUCACACAAGCAGAGAAAGCAAUCAAUUCGGAUCCUGAGAUAGCCCUCUCAGCAAAUGACCUGAAUCUUCAUUUUGCCCUAAAGUCUAACGACUCUGCUUUGAUCCAUGUCGUGUCCCAGACAGGGAAAUUUACUCUCUCGUUGGGUGUGGAAACCUCGACGGAAGCAUUCAUACUGAAUGCCCCUGAAGAGUCAUGGCGCGGAUUUUUCGAUAAACAACUUCGACCACCAUUUCAAAGCUUUUGGGGAAUGCUUCGUAUCCUCAGUCCUGACAAAGGGGUCCUUAUCAGUGGGGAUAACGAAGCAUUUGCCAAAUUCUGCCGGGUCUGGCGGCUUGUCUUGGAUCACUUACGGGAUGCUGUUCAUGGACGUCCAAGGAUAGUCGCCUCAGCAGCCUCGUAUGAAGAAGGAACUGAAGAUGAUGACAUUAUCGGUCGCUAUAUCUGGGUUGAUACUGCAUACGGAAAGACCAAAAUCUUCUGCGAAACGGCGGGCAGCGGCCCCCAACAUGUCUUAUUUCUGCAUACUGCUGGAGCCGACGCGCGCCAAUUCCAUACUAUCAUGAACGAUAAAAUAGCACAGGAACGAUGCUCCAUGUAUGCCUUUGAUCUCCCUGGCCAUGGGCGGUCGUAUCCCGGCGCAACCCAGUUGCCAGGAAGUUAUAGACCAAAUGAGGACUCGUAUAUUGAUAUCAUUGAGAAAGUUCUCCGGAAGCUCACUCUUCAUCGACCCAUUGUCUGUGGCGCAAGCAUGGCAGGCCAUAUUUGCCUCGCUGUUGCUAUGCGAGCCGAUGAGAUAGGUGUCGGCGGUGUAAUCCCAUGCGAGGCAUCUGAUCAUGUCUCUGCGUUGGUAGAUCAUUACGCCGUCGGCACUCUUCUAAACGAAUCUAUUCUAAAUCCUGAGCGUGUCUGUGGCCUUAUAUCCCCUACGGCACCAGCGAUUUACCGUCAGUUAACAUGGUGGAUUUAUUCUUCACAAGCCACUGGUAUCUUCCCUGGCGAUUUAAAGUUUUAUUUUAACGGGUGGGAUGGAAGGGACCGAGCUCGUCUUAUUGACACGAACAAAUGUCCCGUGUACAUGCUUACAGGCGAGUACGACUACAGUUGCACAGUGGCGGCAAGCAGAGCCACUGCAGAAAAGAUCCCAGGAGCUGUCUUUGAAGAGAUGAAGGGAUUAGGGCACUUUCCAAUGACUGAACAGCCUGCAGUUUUUCUGCUGUACUUUUUACGCGCCUUGGAUUUCGUCCAGCAGUCAAAUGUUGUUCCGAGUUAA